CUUCAGAGUAACAUCUCGCGAGACCGCGUGCUGUUAUGGAGACGUUUACAUUGUUUUAAUAUGGCCGCCACUGACUGAUGAUCGAAUAUAACACAAGAUUCGAUGCUACUGCAUUUAACAACUGGAUUUUAGAAGCUUGUUAUGCUUACUGAAAGCAUGCCAACAAUAGAGGAAAGGGAAAACCUCAUGAAACCCAAGAAUGUUCGGCAACCAGGCUUCAUUCCUAGACCGAUACAGAAACUGGCUGUCAGAAAACCACCUAAGACCAUGCUCAACAUUGAGUGUAAUCAUUACCUGCGUUCAAACACAGAAUCCUUUGCCCAUGGGCAUCCAACAAUAGAAUACAAACUAUGGCUGGAGGCUGGAAAACACGACGCCCCAUUUCCUCAGCGUCCGGAUGAAAGCUUUAAUUCAAAUGUGUGGAGAAAUUUCAGAAGACAAUAUGGGUUUCAGACACAAGCAGAGAGUAGUAAAAUGUCAGAUGUUAUUGCAGCUAUGUACCCUCUUAAUAUUCCAUCACCAUCAAAAGUGGGUGAACAAACAUUUGAAAAGUACAUUAGGGAAACAAAGUUGUUCAAUGAUGAAAAGUUCAAGAGUAUGGCCAUGCAGCGUACUAGGAAUGACGUGGAUGAGUUUAAACGGCUGCGAAUUAAAAGUCAAGGAAGAAACCCACCCUUAGAUGAACAAGGUAAUAUUCUACCACCAGAGAACUUCAAAAAGUAUGAGCCUCAUCUUCUAAAACCAGUGGAAAGACCUCCCACCCCACCUCCACCCAACCAGAAAACAGACUCCCUAGGGCAAAGAUAUGUGCCAAAGUCUCGACCCCAUCUGUGGAAGCUUUCCUACAAAGUGAACAAUCCAGACUAUAAAUCAGUAAAGAAGGAAAUUAAAAAGAGGAAGGAAUUGCAGGAACGCCUGACUGAGAGAGAAAACAUGGGUCCAGGUCACCAGAUAGCGCAGAUAGCCCCAUCACCUGUCAACCCUCCUGCGUCUAUAACGUGAAAAACCAUGGACAGUGACUCAUACAUUGCUAGAAAAUCUAAAUGCUCUGUAGCACACACUAGACAACUACCUUAAUUACUCUAAGUUUUCAGACACUUUAAAAUAAUAAUAAUAAAAAAACUUGUGCCUGAAUAUUAAAAUACAAUUAUUAAAAAAUUUAAGUGUCUGAUAAUUUAGAUACAAAAAUAAACUUGUGCGAACAUUUUGAGACACCCUAAAAAUAUUGCAUUGACGCUUGGAUGCAGGUAUGCAAACUACAUUGUAUGUUAGUAUUCAUUGAAAAAAUUAAUUUUUUCAACGAAUACAAACAUGUUAUUGUAAAAUACCAAGACAUUAAGUAUUCAUUACAUUUAUAUAUGUUUCACUUUAAGAUUUUGGGGAAACCAUGGCUUAUUAAUGGUUUAUCAGUUUUUAACCAAAUAACACAUGUAAUGUAAGAUAUUUUAUUGCCAGGUUUUAUUACCAUAAUCUGCUUGAAAAAAUACAUUACCAAAGUGUUACCUAUUAAGCACAACAGGGCGGAAUUCUGUUAACAAAGCAUUGUAAAGUAAACUGUCAAAAAUUUAGAGUCAAUAAUUAUGGACGAAACCCAAAUGUCCGAAAAUUUAGAGUCACAGUAAAUAAUUAUUUUUCGCAAAAAUCUAGUGUCUCAGGGCUUACCCUGGCUCAAAAAUUUCUUUAGCCAAAUUCGCCUUGCUAUGGAAAAUUCUUAUAUUUUGGGCUAUUUUAUAAGUUUAAAUGAAGAAAAAGUUGUAGCCAAAUAAAAUUUUCUUUAGCCAAACAAGUCAAAUAGUAGCCAUUGGCUGAUUUGGCGAAUGGCAGAGUAAGCCCUGUUGUCUGAAAACUUAGACUAAUUACUGUAUAUUGUUACAGUAACACAUUUGUUUAUGCCAUUACUGCACAGAACACUUUAAGUGCUGAUGUUGGUUUAUUAAUGAUCAAUCAUGCCAAAGCUUAACUCGGUAUUCCAGAAAUUGUUUUUUGGUUUUUAUUACUAAAUGAUAUUUGUCUGCACAACUGUGAUAUUGGGGGAACAUUUUUUGUGUAUGCCAAUUAAUAAGUUUUUUAAUGCUUCUAGUGAAAACAUGAUGCAUGGUUUUGUUUCAUUUUUGUCUUUUCAUGUUGAUUAUUUUAACCUGUUAAUCUGCAUACAUUUUAAUGAUUUUAAAGAUAUUUUAUUUUUUGUCAAUACGUGUUCAUUGUUGUAAUAAUACUUCAGGGGUAGAUACUAGAAAUUUGACCACGGUUGUACACUGUUGCUCUUGCAAUACUUUUUGAAAAGAGGACAAUUGAGUAUUCCCAUAAAUCUAUUUAUUUACGCCCCAGAUACAAAAUUUGUGUCUUAUGUUUGAAUUAUUACUUGCAUUCGAAAGUAUUUGGUGCCUUAAUGGUGGCGAUGUCAAAAUCUUCAGCUGUCUUAAUUAAAUAUACCAGUGGUGCCUGUUAAUCAAGCAUGAUUAAAUUGUCUGUGAUAUUGUAACAAAAUUACUUGUGAGGAGUACCAUAUGUAUAUACAUAGUAUAUAGAUAUAGUAUCAUUUUCAUUCUAAUUUUGUCCUCUCAAUGCUUGUCAUUUAACAUUUUGCUUGUUAAGAAUGUUUGAAUAUCUUUGCCAAUUUUAUGUUCAUAGUGUUUUCUGUAAUAAAUUUAUCUAUGUCAA